AUGAUGAGGUCAGCUACGCUAGUUGCCUUCAUGGCGGUGGCGUGCAUGGCGUCCAUCGCACACGGCGGCAACUUCUACGAGGACACGGAGAUGACGUGGGGGCAAGGGCGAGGCAAGGUGGUGGACGGCGGGCGCGGGCUGGACCUGACCCUGGACAAGACCUCCGGGUCCGGGUUCCAGUCCAAGAAGGAGUACCUCUUCGGCAAGAUCGACAUGCAGAUCAAGCUGGUGCCCGGCAACUCCGCCGGCACGGUCACCACCUUCUACCUCUCCUCCGCCGGCAGCGCGCACGACGAGAUCGACUUCGAGUUCCUCGGCAACGUCUCCGGCGAGCCGUACACGCUGCACACCAACGUGUUCACGCGGGGCCAGGGCCAGCGGGAGCAGCAGUUCCGGCUCUGGUUCGACCCGACCAAGGACUUCCACACCUACUCGGUGGUGUGGAACCCGCAGCACGUGAUCUUCGCGGUGGACGGCACGCCGAUCCGGGACUUCAAGAACCACGAGGCGCGCGGGGUGGCGUUCCCGCGGACGCAGCCGAUGAGGCUGUACGCGAGUCUCUGGAACGCCGACGACUGGGCCACGCAGGGCGGGAGAGUCAAGGCGGACUGGACGCAGGCGCCGUUCGUGGCGUCGUUCCGUGGGUUCAGCGCCGAUGCAUGCGUCUGGGCUAAUGGGAAGCAGCAGUGCCCUGUGGGAACCAUGGAGACGGCGGCGGCGGGGGGACGGCGCGGAGGCAGCUGGUGGAACCAGCAGCUCAGUGAUAUGAGCUACCGCCGCAUGCGCUGGGUGCAGAGGAAGUUUAUGAUCUACAACUACUGCACCGACGCCAAGCGGUUCCCGCAGGGCGUGCCCGCCGAGUGCAAGCUGCGGUGA